AUGUCUGAUCCUGCGCUUGAGUUGCUUUCAAAGACGUUUGCGUCUUCUAUGAUGCUUAAUGCUGAUCCUGAUCAGGUGACAGCGUCGAUCGUGAGCCAGCUUCCCGAGCUGACGGCCGAGCAAGAGUCUCAGCAGGCCUCACUCCUGGCGCUCUCGGAGAACUUCCCCGAGUCCGCCGCCGAGCUGUCGGAGGCGCUCGGAAGCAAGAAGUUUUUCCUCGACACCGACAAGCCCGCGCUGGUGGACCUGAUCACGUACGCGCGGGUGCAGAAGCCGAUUGUGGAGUCGUGGACGCCGGAGCAGUACAAGGCGAACGAGAAACUUAUUCGCUGGGCGGACCGUGUGCAAAAGUCUGAGUUGCUGAAGGGCAAGCAGGAGGCGUCGCAGCGGAUUAACCUUGCGGUGCUGGGGGGUGGAGAGAAGAAGGCGAAGAAGGAGAAGGGACCGAAGCCGCAGGCCGCGAAGAAGGAGGCGGCGCCGAUUACUCCGGCGAUGGUUGACCUGCGCGUCGGGUUCAUUCAGAAGGCGGUCAAGCACCCUGAUGCGGACUCGCUGUAUGUGUCGACGAUCGACAUGGGCGACGAGAGCGGGCCGCGGACGGUGUGCAGCGGACUGGUGAAGUACAUUCCGCUGGAGGACAUGCAGCAGCGGCUGAUUGUUGUGGUUGCGAAUCUGAAGCCGGUGAGCAUGCGCGGGAUCAAGUCUGAGGCGAUGGUGCUGUGCGCGUCGAACGAGGAGACGGUUGAGUUUACGGUUCCGCCGGAGGGAUCGAAGGCGGGCGACAAGAUCUUUUUCGAAGGGUUUGACGGGACGCCGGAGCCGGUGUUGAAUCCGAAGAAGAAGAUCUUUGAGACGCUGCAGCCUAGUUUUACGACGUCGGAGGAGUUGGAUGUGGUGUUUAAGAUGGAGGAUGGAAGUGUGAGGAAGUUGGUGAAUAAGGAGGGCAAGGCGGUGAAGAGCGCUACGCUUGUGAAUGCGCAGGUGCGAUAA